GAAGGUCCAUGUCUCAGUUUUUGCAUAAAUCACUUGUUAACUUGGAGGAUCAAAGGUCUUUUAUGAGUUAUCGCUGGAAUUUGCCCGGACGCUCAGACAGUCAGAGGCAGGCGGUCUGUGAGCUUCCACUUGGACCACUUCAAGGCUCCUUCACCUCUAACCCGGGUCUGUCCAAAAACACCUAAACCGUCCAACAUGGAAAACUUGUAUGAAACAGUGGAGGAGAGAAGUGUGCAUGACUCCAGCAGUGAUCGAUCUGACAGCCCGGCCGGAGAGCACAAAUAUGAAAACACAGGUGAGGCCGUAGAGCCGCUUUACAGCGAGGUGGACGUGCACGCAUCCGCGGGGCCAGAGCUCGGAUCGCCGGACUACAUGGAAAUCAGGGAGGAGGACAAACACAGCAGCUCGUCCUCUUCCUCCAGUGAGGAUGAAGAGGAGAAGGCCGAGGAAGUAGCAGAGGAAAUCGAGGAAGUGAAAGCUGAGGUGGAGCCCGAGUCCGAGCCGGAGCCAGAACCAGUGGUGAAGGUAGAGGUGAACGGUGAUGUGCACGACGGAUCCAGGCGCUCCUCGUCUUCCUCAUCAUCCUCUUCCUCAGCCGGAGAUCCAUGUGAUGACCCGCCGAUUCAGACAGUGGAGGAAAGCUUGUCAACUCUGGAGAGUGUGACUUUGGAUGAGAGCAGUGCUGCUCCGGCUGACCCCGGUCACCCUGAGAUCUCUCUGUUUGUCAAGGCCGGCAACGAUGGAGAAAGCAUCGGUAACUGUCCCUUCUCUCAGCGUCUUUUCAUGAUCCUCUGGCUCAAAGGGGUCGUCUUUAACGUCACCACUGUUGACCUCAAAAGAAAACCAGCAGAUCUGCACAAUCUGGCUCCGGGAACACACCCACCUUUCCUCACCUUCAACGGAGAUGUGAAGACCGAUAUCAACAAGAUCGAGGAGUUUCUGGAGGAUAUGCUGUGUCCUCCAAAGUAUCCCAAACUUGCCGCCAAGCAUAGAGAGUCGAACACAGCUGGAAACGACAUCUUCGCCAAGUUCUCAGCCUACAUCAAGAACACCAAACCAGAGGCCAACGCCGUUCUGGAGAAAGGUUUGACCAAGGCUCUGAGCAAGCUGGAUGACUACAUGAACUCCCCUCUGACUGAUGAGAUCGAUGCAGACAGCAUGGAGGAGGAGAAGGGAUCAAACCGACUCUUCCUAGAUGGAAACCUGCUGACUCUUGCUGACUGCAACCUGCUGCCUAAACUGCACAUAGUCAAGGUUGUUGCUAAGAAGUACCGCAGCUACGACAUCCCCUCCCACUUGAUGGGCGUGUGGCGGUAUCUGAAGAACGCCUACACACGUGAUGAAUUCACAAACACCUGUGCGGCUGACACCGAGAUCGAGAACGCCUACAAAGACGUGGCGAGGAGACUGGCCAAGUAACUCGCCAAGUGACCAGAGCUCAAACAAAAUAAACUAGUAACACAACACAAAAUACCAUCUUAUUUUUAGAAUACAUGUGGCUGUCCUUUUCAGCGUGUUUAGGGGCAUUUCUUGAAGGAAAACUUAAUUCACAGGCUUCAAACAGAGUCAACUUUUACUCAAACGUGAUUGUGACUGUCUAUAUUUAUUCCUCAUAACACAAAGCUCUCUUUCAUAUGCUUUCCUCUGGUCCACACGACCAAACACUUCACUAGCCGCUGAUGUCAGGGCGGGUUACUUUAUUUAUUCCUGAGCCCACAGAAGUCUAGUCUGCCUCCAGUGUUUAUGAGCAAGCUUUGGCUCCAGUGGAGACACCUCAAUUCAUCUAUGACUGAUGAUUUAUGCUAAUUGUUUGCUGAACAUAUGACUGUUAAAAUCUGCAGAUUCAUUAUGAUUGUCAUUCAUUACUGUAGGUAUUGCUGUAGUUUUUUUGUUCCCUGGAGCUUCUACAUAUCUUGAGAUUCACUCCUGCUUCUGAAAGAUUGAUUUUUAAGAAUGAUUGAUUUUUAUAAUAACUUUAUAAUGUUUUCUUGAGAGAACAAAACUCACCUGGCGAAGGCAUUAAUAGCUUGGAACAAAGCUUUUCUCUGAUUUGUUUGCUUGCAUAAAUCUGUUUUAAAUUGCAAUAUCUAAAUCUGAUAUUAGAUCUGCUUUUUGAAUAUAAAAAGCCUCAGCUAUGUGCCUUUAUUUUGAAGAGACAUAAGUCCAUGCCAAUGCCACUGAUGGAUUCAUUCUAAAAAAUGUAUUGCAGCCAGAGCCGAGCCAUUUGUUCUGCCUCUAGCUAUUAGUGUUCAGUCGAGGUAUUGAUUUUGUCUUGAGUUACAUGAUAUUAUGAAUGGAGAGAGUAUUUAUUUAGCAGCCCCAAUCAGGCCUGAUUAGGUAGAGCCAUUAGUGCUGCGAUGAAAAGCGUCUUCCAGGCCAGGUCCACAAUGGUCAGAAACCCUGCCCUCCAGCCCUUCAUCAAAGAGACAUUUCCUCCGCUCUGAGGAGUCCGUCAACAUCCCCAGCCUAAAGUUCAAGUUCAAAAGUUUCAUUGUCCGCGCAAGAGAGGAGGAUGGAAAUUUGUCUUGGGGCUUAUCGUCUUUGGCGUGGUGUCAGCCUGCAACUUUAGCGAGACUUCCUUGCAGAACCAUAAGGCUCUUGUGUGGUUUGGACAAACAUGUGAUAUGAAAUUGGAGCAUGAUGACUGAGAGCCUUGCUCAUUGCAAAGCUCUACAAAUAAAAUAAUAUUUUCACAGA